CUCGUCUAUUUCGCCCUGGGAGACGCAGAACGGAGAGAAUCCUGCAGUGCAUCCUGGGAAAGUGGUGGGGCUCUCAGCUUCGUUUCCGGCCGAGGAGCUGCGUCUGGUUUCCCCGGGGCCCGCAGGGGCGCGGCGGUUCCUCGGUCUCCGGCUGCCAGCGGGGGCGCUUCCGCUUGCUGUUUCGGUGUUUGGCUUGUGAGGGGGUCCUCCCGUGGCUCGCCCUCGCCGCCAGCAUGUCUGGGGUGCGCGCUGUGCGCAUAAGCAUCGAGUCGGCCUGCGAGAAGCAGGUCCAAGAGGUGGGCCUGGAUGGCACUGAGACGUACCUGCAGCCGCUGUCCAUGUCCCAGAACCUGGCGCGCCUGGCCCAGCGGAUCGACUUCAGCCAGGGGUCGGGCUCCGAGGAGGAGGAGGCGGCGGGGGCCGAGGGCGACGCGCAGGACUGGGCGGGCGCCGGGUCGAGCGCGGACCAGGACGACGAGGAAGGGUUGGUAAAAUUUCAACCUUCCCUUUGGCCUUGGGACUCGGUGAGGAACAAUUUGAGAAGUGCCCUGACGGAGAUGUGCGUUCUCUAUGAUGUUCUCAGUAUUGUUAGGGACAAAAAAUUUAUGACUCUUGAUCCCGUUUCUCAGGAUGGACUUCCUCCAAAACAGAACCCUCAGACAUUGCAGUUGAUAUCUAAAAAGAAGUCACUUGCUGGAGCAGCACAAAUCCUACUGAAGGGGGCAGAAAGACUGACUAAAUCGGUUACUGAAAAUCAAGAAAAUAAGCUACAAAGAGACUUCAACUCUGAGCUUUUGAGAUUAAGGCAACACUGGAAACUUAGAAAAGUUGGAGACAAAAUUCUUGGAGAUCUCAGCUACAGAAGUGCAGGAUCUCUCUUUCCCCAUCAUGGCACAUUUGAAGUAAUAAAGAAUACAGAUAUCGAUCCAGAUAAGAAGAUACCCGAAGAUUACUGUCCCCUCGAUGUUCAAAUUCCUAGUGACUUAGAGGGCUCUGCAUAUAUCAAGGUUUCCAUUCAAAAACAGGCUCCUGACAUAGGUGAUCUUGGCACAGUUAACCUCUUCAAACGACCUUUGCCCAAAUCCAAACCAGGUUCCCCACACUGGCAGACAAAAUUAGAAGCAGCACAAAAUGUUCUCCUGUGUAAAGAAAUUUUUGCACAGCUCUCCCGGGAAGCUGUUCAAAUUAAAUCGCAGAUCCCUCACAUUGUGGUGAAAAACCAGAUCAUCUCUCAGCCCUUUCCAAACUUGCAGUUAUCUAUUUCUUUGUGCCAUUCCUCAAAUGAUAAGAAAUCCCAAAAAUUAGCUGCUGAGAAGCAGAUCCCGGAGGACCACCUUUAUGUCUUAGAGCAUAAUUUACAUCUGCUGAUGAGAGAGUUUCAUAAACAGACCUUGAGUUCCGUCAUGAUGCCUCAUCCAGCAAGUGCACCUUUCGGCCACAAGAGAAUGAGACUUUCCGGUCCUCAAGCUUUUGAUAAAAAUGAAAUUAAUUCAUUACAGUCCAGUGAAGGGCUUCUGGAAAAAAUAAUUAAACAAGCAAAGCAUAUUUUUCUGAGGAGUAGAACUGCUGCAACCAUCGACAGCUUAGCAAGUCGCAUUGAGGACCCUCAGAUACAGGCCCACUGGUCAAAUAUUAAUGAUGUUUAUGAAUCUAGUGUGAAAGUGUUAAUCACAUCACAAGGUUAUGAACAGAUAUGCAAGUCCAUUCAGCUGCAGUUGAAUAUUGGAGUUGAACAGAUCCGCGUGGUACACAGAGAUGGAAGAGUGAUUACUCUGUCUCACCAGGAGCAGGAGCUACAGGAUUUCCUUCUGUCUCAGAUGUCACAGCAUCAGGUGCAUGCGGUUCAGCAGCUAGCCAAGGUCAUGGGCUGGCAAGUUCUGAGUUUCAGUAAUCACGUGGGGCUUGGGCCCAUAGAGAGCAUUGGCAAUGCCUCCGCUAUCACAGUGGCCUCCCCAAGCGGUGACUACGCUAUUUCAGUGCGCAACGGCCCUGAAAGUGGCAGCAAAAUUAUGGUUCAGUUUCCACGUAACCAGUGUAAAGACCUUCCAAAAAGUGAUGUUCUACAAGAUAGCAAAUGGAAUCACCUUCGUGGACCAUUCAAAGAAGUUCAGUGGAAUAAAAUGGAAGGUCGGAACUUUGUCUAUAAAAUGGAGCUGCUCAUGUCUGCACUUAGCCCUUGUCUACUGUGAUUUUCUUCCAGAAGUUUCCAGAAACUUUGACUUGAGGUGUUUGCAGAUCAAAAAUAAGCAAAAGGAAGAGAAAUCUUCCAAAGGAGUAUUGUUUUUAAAAAAAUACUAAUUACCAGAUGUUUACCUAGCAUUUUGUAAUCUUCACUUUAUAAGUGACAAGUGCUUUGCAGAAAUGUAUGUAUAGUUAUAGAGUAUACAGUAUGGGGAAAUGUAAAAUAAUACUUUUUUAUGCAGUUAACGUGAAAUGUCACUAACUUACAGGUUUGAAUUUGCUUUUUAAAAUAUUCCUUUGAUGUUGAUACCAAAUAAAACAUAUGGUUAAAAAUUCCAGAUACUUUCUAAACUCUUAACAGCCUAAA